UUCUUCGUGGGUUUAAAUAGGUUUUUUAUUUUUACAAGUACAACCCCUUCUGCAACAUCAAUGCUUCUCGGCCGACGCCUCACUCGCCAUUUCUCCAGUUCCGCAUCAUCCACUAAAAUCCCACUCCUCUACACACAUACAAAUGACAACCAAAGCGAUGCCUUCACUCUCCAACUCUUCUCAUGGGGCAGAGGCGCCUCUGGCCAACUGGGCGGUGGCAUUGAAGAAAUGAGACUCUACCCCGCCCCAGUUGCAAAUCUCAUUCUUUCCCAACACUUUACCAUCUCCCAAACUCCCGGAAGACUUGUUCUGAAAGAUUCUGAAGUGGGUUUCAGUUCAAGUUUAAAUAUUUCAUGUGGGUUGUUUCACAGUGGGUUGGUUGUGGAUGGAAAGUUGUGGAUUUGGGGGAAAGGAGAUGGUGGGAGGCUUGGUUUUGGGCAUGAAAAUUCUUUGUUUGUGCCAAGUUUGAACCCUUAUUUGGGUGAUGAUCUUGUUCAGUGUGUUGCUCUUGGGGGAGUUCACUCUGUUGCUUUGACAUCACUUGGGAAAAUUUUCACUUGUUUGAAAUAUAUUGGCUCUAUCACUAAAAAUGAAGUUUGCAGGGGUUAUGGUGGCUUUGGUGCACUUGGACAUUCUGUCUAUCACAGAGAGUUGUUUCCUAGAUUGGUGGAAGGUUCUUGGAAUGGGAAAAUGCAGCAUAUUGCAACUAGUGGGGCACAUACAGCUGCAAUAACAGAAUCAGGGAAACUUUACACUUGGGGUCGAGAUGAAGGUGAUGGAAGAUUGGGCCUGGGUCCUGGUCGAGGCCCUAAUGAGGGAGGAGGUUUUAGCAUCCCUUCUGAGGUCAAAGCAUUACCUGUACCUGUGGCUGCUGUUUCUUGUGGUGGCUUUUUUACAACAGUUCUGACAGAGGAAGGGCAAAUCUGGAAUUGGGGAGCAAAUUCUAACUAUGAGCUUGGAAGAGGGGAUAAAGUUGGUGGUUGGAGACCCAAGCCCGUUCCUAGCCUUGAAGAUGUUUGUAUCAUUCAGAUAGCAAGUGGUGGCUAUCACUCUCUUGCAUUAACUGAUGAAGGCAAAGUUCUUUCUUGGGGCUAUGGUGGAUGUGGUCAAUUGGGUCAUUCUUCAACGGAAAAUCAAGAAGUACCCUUGGUGAUUGAGGCUUUAGCUGAUGAACAUAUAGUCUACAUUGCUUGUGGGGGCUCAUCUUCAGCAGCCGUAACUGAUAAAGGGAAGUUGUACAUGUGGGGAAAUGCCAGAGAUUCUCAAUUAGGAGUUGCUGGGUUGCCAGAGGUACAAGUGUGUCCUAUUGAAGUCAAGUUUCUAAUGGAGGAUGAUGGAUUGGGACCAUUCAAGGUGUUAUCUGUUGCAGUUGGUGCAUCUCAUGCCAUGUGUCUGGUUUCAAGGUCGACUUGCUGACAUGGUCCACUAGUCCCGCUGUUUUCUCAACUGACAGAGACACCGACAUACAAGUCUAUAUUGUGUAACAAGCUAACAGCUCAAAGAGACAUAUGCGUACAAUAUGAGGGAACAAGUUGCCAUUUUUAAAGUACAAAAAUGAACUUUCGGUCCAAAAUUUCUAACUCAGUUUCUCCAGUCUCACUCAAUGGGACAUUCUUUUGUAGUGAACGCCGAGAGCUACACAUUGAGAUUGCCUAACGAUAAGAUUAAGCAAAUGUGGUGUUUUAGUGUUGUUUCGGGAAGGGAAUAGAGUUUUAGAAAUGGUAGUUACAUGAGUGGAGAAGGUGCAAGUAACGGAGACUAGCGAGGGUUGGAAAGUAGGGUCGGAGCAGUCCUUUGACGGCGGUGGUGUUGUUGACAGUGGUAGAAGAUGAUGAUAUUGUUGUCCAUAAAUUUGUGAAAUAAAUUAUAAAUGGAUAUUUUUGUUAUUUUAAUAUUAUAAUAAAAUUAUUUUUAUGUUUUUAUGUUU